CGGUGAGGAGGAAUCGGGAGGGAGGAGAGAAGGCGGCGCUUUGAGCGUCCAACGUAAACAGAGCCGCAGACUCCUCUCUCUCUCUCUCUCGCUCUCUACUCCUGACUCCGCGCUCCGCCGCCCGCACCGUUCGCUCGUAACGUCGAACGCGAGUAGAAGAAAGGUCGGAGGGAGAAAGGGCAAAACACACACACACACACACAAAAAGAAGAGAGUUCCUCUCCGCGCGCACAUCCCUUCCUUCCUUCCUUCCUCAUUCCGAGCCCUCCCCCCCCACCACCCCACAUCCCCUCCUUUUGAGAAGCGUUAUAACAUGGCAGAUUUCCUCAAGAAAGGAGCCGCCGCCGACUCCGCGGAGAUCAAGGAAGCCAAGGACACGGCCAACGCCGAGCGGGCGCAGAGCAGCGAGAGAAGCUCCAAGGUGGUGGUGGUGGAGAUGGAGAAGUUCUCCCUCAGCAACAGCAGCGGUGGUGGCGGCGGUGGCGGCGGCGGCAGCGACAACAACAACACCACCAUGAGGGGCGACUCGGUGAUGGCGCACAAGGAGCCGCCCCUCAUCGUCUUCAGCAGCGACAGCGCCGCGGUCGCCUCGCACAAACCUGUGAAGAAGCAAAUCCAGUUUUCAGAUGAGAAACAGGAGUUCAGCAGAUUCCCAACCAAGACUGGUCGAAGAUCUCUAUCCCGUUCCAUCUCUCAAUCUUCCACAGACAGCUACAGCUCUGCGGCAUCCUAUACGGAUAGUUCUGACGAUGAGACAUCUCCGAGGGACAAGCAACAAAGCAACUCAAAGUCCAGUAGUGACUUCUGUGUCAAGAAUAUCAAACAGGCCGAGUUUGGACGCCGGGAGAUCGAAAUUGCUGAACAAGAAAUGUCAGCCCUUAUUGCUCUUAGGAAACGAGCUCAGGGUGAAAAACCACUGGCUGGAGCCAAGAUAGUGGGUUGCACUCACAUCACUGCCCAGACUGCAGUUCUGAUAGAGACCCUGGGAGCUCUUGGAGCACAGUGUCGCUGGGCAGCCUGUAAUAUUUACUCCACGCAGAACGAAGUUGCAGCCGCCCUCGCAGAGGCUGGAUUUUCUGUGUUUGCCUGGAAAGGAGAGUCCGAGGAUGAUUUCUGGUGGUGCAUUGAUCGCUGUGUGAACAUGGAGAGUUGGCAAGCGAAUAUGAUCCUAGAUGACGGUGGCGAUUUGACCCACUGGGUUUAUAAGAAAUAUCCGAACGUUUUUAAGAAGAUUCGGGGCAUCGUAGAAGAGAGUGUGACUGGCGUUCACAGACUCUACCAGUUGUCUAAAGCCGGCAAACUCUGUGUGCCAGCCAUGAAUGUGAACGACUCUGUUACCAAACAGAAAUUUGACAAUUUGUACUGCUGCAGAGAAUCCAUCCUGGACGGUUUAAAGAGAACGACUGACGUGAUGUUUGGUGGAAAACAGAUGGUGGUGUGUGGAUACGGAGAGGUUGGCAAAGGGUGUUGUGCUGCCCUGAAGGCAUUGGGUGCCAUUGUGUACGUGACUGAGAUCGAUCCAAUCUGCGCUCUGCAGGCCUGCAUGGAUGGGUUUCGAGUGAUGAAACUGAACGAGGUUAUCCGACAGGUGGAUUUGGUCAUCACCUGCACAGGCAACAAGAAUGUCGUUACUAGGGAACAGCUCGAUCGAAUGAAGAAUGGUUGCAUUGUUUGCAACAUGGGGCACUCAAACACUGAGAUCGAUGUGGCGAGUCUACGUACCCCAGAGCUCACAUGGGAGAGGGUACGAUCUCAAGUGGAUCACGUGAUCUGGCCUGACGGGAAGCGUGUUGUGCUUUUGGCUGAGGGUCGUCUCCUUAACCUGAGUUGCUCAACUGUGCCGACGUUUGUACUUUCAAUCACAGCUACCACUCAGGCACUGGCUCUGAUAGAGCUCUACAACGCUCCCGAAGGACGCUACAAACAAGACGUGUACCUCCUGCCUAAAAAGAUGGAUGAAUAUGUUGCCAGUUUGCAUCUGCCAACCUUUGACGCCCACUUGACCGAAUUGUCAGACGAACAGGCAAAGUAUCUGGGCCUCAACAAAAAUGGACCUUUCAAGCCUAAUUACUACAGGUAUUAGGUGCACAACUUCAAAAUGAAUGAAAGAAGGACCAAGUUGUAUGAAACCUCAGUAGAAGAAUGUAUAGUAGGCACCAGCCUAGCUGUUUGACUGCUCACUAAAUGUAUUUGAAGAGCA